UAAUUACAAUACGUUUAAAUUUAUCUCCGUUAUCAAAAUAAUAAUACCUACCUGUUCGGUCGUAUCAUAUCUUACAUGUCUUUGACUUAGUUUGCAAUUUUAACGUGUGUGCUAUUUUAGCGAUACAUUGCAGGAAGUUUCAGGCCUCUUGUGAGGUGUUGCCCUCUGGCGGCCUGUCCCCCAGCUGCCGUCCGACGCCUGCGUGAACGACGGCGCUCUCAACCGCGCCCGAUGGACGCCAGUACACUCUCAGCCAUGGAUAAGGACGCUCUCAAGAAGCAGAUAGAGAACAUGAAAUACCAAGCAUCAAUGGAACGCUGGCCCUUGUCGAAAUCGAUCGCCGCGAUGAGGGAAUACGUGGAGGAGAACGAAAAGAACGACCCGCUGAUCCACGCCCCCGACAAGAAAAACAACCCAUGGGCGGAAAAAGGGAAAUGCGUCAUUAUGUAGAAUUUCAUGCAGCUGCUUAUUAGUUUGUUCAUAUUGAUUUUCCCAUUGCUUCUGUUCAUCUACCUUAAUUUCAACAGUUUGAUGUUAGAUGGGAUAACCACACUGUUCUAUACUUUUAAAAUUUCAAAAAUCGAAGCGUCAUCAGGUCUGUGAAUGUUUUUUCGGAAAAUGGGACACUCCACGAGCCUUCCGGGCGAAUUGUUAACAUUAUUGUUAUGUAGUUUAAACAUACUCACAGUUUUGUGUACGAAAUGUAAGAUCUCAAAAGUGUGUUAAAUUUGGAUUCGUGUCAACGGCCGGUUUCUGGUUUUGGCGAACCAGAGGCGGCCACCAAAAUAAACAAUCAAUUUUUUUACAAGCGAACUCUCGCUUUUCGUUUCAGUCUCUUGGGUCUUAUUAUUUGAAGUCUGAUGUUGUUAUUCCUAUUUUUGUUGACUUAAUUUUAAUAAAUCUCUAAUUGUAAUUUUAGACUUAACAUUCUUAGUCUAGUCAAUACCGAAAUUUUGGGCCAUUGCAACCAACGAAACGACUCACUCCCUGGCUCAAGAAACUCAAAUUUGGACCAAACCGGCUGGUACUUUACCGAAGACGACAAAAAAGAGCAACUUCCGUUUACCAUCCACGGGUCUCUUCGGUAAUACUGCCAUCUGUACUUGGCUGUGGUUUGAUCCAACUUUGACCUCUCCAUUCUGGUAAUAGUCUGACAGUGCAAUUUAAAUGUGACUUUUAAAUUUCGCGCGAAAGCGCAUUAAAAUGACACGACACGUGACCAGGACGGAGUACCACGUGACGCUCCCUCCUAGCCACAUUUUUAAACACUCGACUAAAAACGAUUGACUAAACAUUAAGAGAGAUAGAUGACUGUCAUGACUUAAAAUCUCGACUAUGACUCAACAUUUAACUUUAAGGAGCUUUAGCUUUGUUUAGUUCCCCGAUGUCUUCCCGAGAUAGCGUUGUGUAACGCGGGACAGUUGAAUUUUAAAUGUGUAACCUACUCCAGGCACUGGACUAGUUUUAACGAUAUAACUAAAAUUAGACUAAAAGUUAAACACUUGAAGUGUUUUUAAAAUAAUAUUAUCAAAUUUAAAUUAAUAAUAAUAGAACCCGUAGUUAAAAAAUAUAUGAUAAUCAAACCUAAUAUUUAAAUUAGCAUAGGUUCUAUUAAUGUAUGACACCUAAUAAUCAAACAGUGCGUUCAAUAAUUACCUCCCCACGAAAAUAUCACUCUUCACUUAGAAAAAAUGUAACACUAUGUCUUAAUAAUUGUUAUCUUAUAGACUAAUUUCUUAACUCUAAGUAUUAUCGAAAGGAUUUGACUUCUUUACUCCUGUACUAAUUUCCAAGGGUAGCCGGGUCGUGUCGUUGGUUGCGAUCGCUCAGAGUUUCGUUUUUAUUUAUAUGAGAGAAAUUACUAUUAGUAAAAGAUACUUCAAUUAAACCUUGUAAUUUUAAAUAUGUAAUGUGGUAAUACUUGAGAUAAUAAACUCCAUAAAAGAAA